CCUUCCCUUUGCGAGAGGCGGAAAACGGAGCAAUACAGUGUAAUGGAAUGUGCGGCAGCGGAUAGGGUGACGCUGCCGGAAGGGAGUGGAAGGUGUUCCAGACCCCCAGCCUUGGCCUGGAUGGGGGAUGUCUCCUCCCACUGGAUCAGUUUUCAGCCCCUCCACUGAGGUGCUGUCCAUCUGAGCCCGGAGGUGCCUUUGAGGCAGAAAACUACAAAUGUGAUGUGUGAGGGGGCUAAAGGCAGGACCUCAUCCAAGUCCCCUUAAAGUCAAUGGAAGAUUUGCCACUAACUGCAGCAGGAGUUGGAUCUGCUCCAUAAAGCCUCUCAGUCUAUCACCUCCUACUGCUUUUGUUCUGUAGACAACCACAUACAUAUUAAAAUCUCAUUUGUUUUCAAGCUCCCACCUUUCAGGCCCACAAGGCCCUGAAAGGAAUCUCUGUCAGAUGUGGAUUUGCAAUCCCUAACCAGGCUUUCCAGAGGCUGUGAUUAUCUACAGUGCUCCAGUGGAAUAACAGUAACUGCAGCUAAUGGCUCCUUCUACAAAUAAGUACAUCUAUGAUCCACUUUGAUUUGAUUUAACCAGAACAUUAAAAUAUACAACCCUCCCCUGCGUUCUUUUAAAACUGGAGGUCAUGGCCUUUCAGAUCCAUCUGUGAUGGCUAUCUAGUUUGUGGCCCAAUGUGAUAUUUCAAAUGGAGUUCAAGUGCCUUUCAGCUUUAGGUCUAGGGAAAUUAAAAAGAAAAAGUAUUAAAGGAACAAACUUCAGACUUAGGAAAAUUGAAACACUACUGUGUAAAGCUGAGGAAAAUAUUUGAUGUGUUGCUAUUUUGCCAUGUCUGAAAACGACGGGUUGGAAGAAGAUAUUUGGGAGUACAAAUCCAUUCGGAAACCAAAGUCAGUAUAUCAAAAUAAUAAUUUAGUGAACAUUACAGCUGUGCAGAAAGCAAAUGAUGGGAAGUGCAAAUCAAAAGGAAGUGGAGGUAGAAGUAAUAAAAAAGCAUUUGAAAACAAGGACAAGUCCAAGAAAAGUGAACAGGAACCAAGACAGAAAUGUAUUCAACCACUUAUAAACCCUGACCAGAACUUAAAUCUAUCUAAAGGUGACCAUAUUGUGCAGUCCCAGGAAAGUGUAACUACGCCAAUAAAGCGAAGCAGGACUUGUAACAAAAAACAAACCACGCCAAAUGCAAGGCCAGUUUAUGAUGGAUACUGCCCAAGCUGCCAGAUGCCUUUCUCUUUACUGUUAGCCCAGACACCUCAGUGGCAUGUUACUGAAUGUUUGGACACUCAAGGAUCCACUGAAAAAGAGUGUCCUGAUGGUCUACUAUGCACUUCUAGCAUUCCAUCGCACUACAAGCGCUAUACCCAUUUCAUUCUUGCUACAAGCAGAGCAGGGGAUUGUCUUGUCAGCUCUUCAACAUAUAGCCCAGAGAGAAAGUUCACAUGCUCUGAUGCUACUAACUCAAGCUGUUUCUCAGGCCUUGUGAAUGGAACCUCACAGCAGGAAAAACUGACCAGGAAUGUAAGAAAUGCCCUAAAUGAGGAUCAUACAUUGGUGAUACAGAGUUCAACACAAGCAAAAUCUCCAAAUGUAACCAAGGUAAAUACUGUGUCUUCCACAAACAUUCUAAAGCCCCAACAGACACUUCUGCUUACACAGUCUGCAGAUGAUAAUGGCCAGCUUGAGUCUUUGGAUUUUCCAUUUUCUCAAGGAAGCGAAGCUAGUGGAGAUCUGGAUAGUCAGAAUGAUUCUGAUCAAUUAAAGCUGCUACUUCCAGAAGCUGACUUCAGUGACUGUGAAAUUUCCUACUCUCCACUUAAUACUGAUGAGGAAAAUGAAGAGGAAACAGAGAAGGAGGAAGAGGAGGAGGAGAAGAAAGUAAAACAUUCACAAAAGAGAUUAUUUCACACCCAGAACUCUGAAGAUGAGAGCACGAAAAAGGAAGAAUCUAGCUGUAUGUUGUUUACUAAAUUGGAUUGUUCUCCACUUCAGCAAGUACACAGGUAUAGCUGCCUUAAAAUAGGUGAUUUCAUAAUACAAAACAAACCUUGUGAAGAAUUGAAUGGACUGAGUAGUUUAGAUGGUUGUGUUGAGCCUGUUUCUCAGGAGCACAUGAACAACAUGUUCUCUAAUUCAGGAAGUGCUGCUAAUCAGUUAAAACACCCACAAGGGGCACUAACUGCACAAUCCUCUCUUUCCCUUAAUUAUGAUAAAACUAAAAAGGAAUUUGAUUGGCCAACAUUCAGUGCCUCUGUUUCUAAUACAGGUAAUUUGGAGCUAAAAGAUUUUAAUGCUUGCCAUUUGGAUUAUGCAGACUUGGCUGUGAGUGAUCCAUCAUUGCCCUUGAAAGUCAAAGAAGAAGGUGGUAGAUCUUUUCUGUCAAGGCAAAGUGAAGUUUUGAAGGAACCUAGUAACUUCCUAAUCAAUAGAAAUAAGAUGACUACUAACACAAGUGGAACUACAUUAUACCAGAAGAGUUCACAGCCAGUAAUAGAGGAAGAAGGAAGUCUUCAUAAUACAGUGGCUGUACCCCUUCCCAGUACGGUCUCUCCAACACUGUCAUCUGUUUCUGUUGCAAAUAUGAAAGCCAAAUCUAUUUCAGCCAAAGAACUGAAACAAAUGGACAUUGGUGUUUUCUUUGGGUUAAAACUCAAAACAAAAGAAGAGAACAAAGGAAAGAAACAUUUUGGUGAGGGAACACAAGCCUCAAGUCCUAUAACUCCCAAUGGAAAGAGGCCUAGACAACAAAAGAGGAAAGCUGAAGGAUCUGUGGGGGACAUAGAUGCGGUCACAGAAAGUUCAAAUAAAAAUGGAGUCUGUGUAGAUACAACAUCUGGUGUGAAGCGAAAUUGGAGAAAAAGAUUUAGAGAAUCAUCUUCUACAGAAGAAGGAAUAAAAAACAAAAAGUGUCCCUUUUAUAAGAAGAUACCAGGAACUGGUUUUACAGUUGAUGCAUUUCAGUAUGGAGAAAUCGAAGGCUGCGUAGCCUAUUUCCUCACUCAUUUCCAUUCCGAUCAUUAUACUGGCCUAACAAAAAAAUUUACAUUUCCAAUCUAUUGUAAUAAGAUAACUGGCAACUUGGUGAAGAGUAAACUUCGAGUGCAAGAACAGUAUGUCCAUACAUUGCCAAUGGAUACAGAGUGUACAGUGAAUGGAAUCAAAGUGGUCUUGCUUGAUGCCAAUCAUUGUCCAGGUGCCACAAUGAUCCUUUUUUGCCUUCCCAAUGGAAAUGUCAUGCUACACACUGGGGACUUCAGGGCAGAUCCUUCUAUGAAGCAUUGUCCUCUUCUGAUCAGUCGAAAGAUUCACACUCUGUACUUGGAUACCACAUAUUGCAGCCCUGAAUAUACUUUUCCUUCUCAACAAGAGGUUAUCCAGUUUGCUGUCAACACUGCCUUUGAGACAGUAACUCUAAACCCACGUACAUUGGUCGUCUGUGGAACCUAUUCCAUUGGAAAAGAAAAGGUCUUUCUAGCAAUUGCUCAAGUUCUGGGCUCUAAAGUGAGCAUGUCCCAAGAUAAAUACAAAACACUGCAGUGCUUGGAGUCAGCAGCUGUUAAUUCCCUCAUCACUAUGGACUGGAACAAUACUUUGCUUCACCUUCUUCCCAUGAUGCAAAUUAAUUUUAAGGCAAGUGUAGAAAAUAUCAUCUGCACCUGUUGGCUAACAUUAACUUGGAUGAUAUAA